UCCAGUCUUCUGCGCAUUCGAAUGAAUUUUGGCAAAGAUUUGGGAAGAUAAUUGGAAAAUAACGCGAAAACGCCAAAAGGAAUCCUGCUUAAUUAAGGCAAAAUAAUACAACUUCUUUCAUAUCUAGGAUCUCGAGCUAAAUUCUACAGCAAAAUGCCCUUUUGCCAGCUGCCUCUGAUAAAUAAACUUUGUCAUUUGUGGCAACAAUCCGAAGAGGAAAGUUGUCGCGCACAAUUUUAUAAUUACAAGUAAUCCAUGAUGUAGCUAGCACCACCACAAUUCAUACAACACACCGUCUAUUCCAGCCGGUCCUUGCUAGAACCACGUUAAAAAAAGACAGUGCGUCUUUCAAUUCCACGGCACUUGAAUUUCCCUCACAAAAAGAGAAUCGUUCAAUUAUUAAUAAACAAGAGCGUGCUACCUGUUGAAAGUCUUACGAUCUUCCAUAUCUCAAGUCGAAUUUUCCAAUACACCAACCAGGUAUUUCGCAGGUGGAGAGAACGAAUAUUGUCCUUGCCACAGAGCGUAUUUCUUCAGACGGUAGAUUGAACUCCUGUCUGCAAGCUGGACGCAUUUUGAAGAUGUUGAAAUAUCUUGCCCUAGCUUUACUUUGUAGUUUAGCUAUUUCUGUACUUGGUGAAUUUGAAGCUGAGGAGCCCCUUGAUCGAGGAUGGGGAGAAACGAUCCAAUGGAUAACUUUUGAGGCUGGAUUAAAGGAAGCAAAAAAGAAUGAUAAACCGUUGAUGCUUCUCAUAUACAAGACUUGGUGUGGAGCCUGCAAAGCAUUAAAACCAGUAUUUGCCAAAUCCCAAGAAAUUGCUGAGCUCAGCAGACACUUUGUGAUGGUCAAUGUUGAGGAUGAGGAGGAGCCUAAAGAUGAAAAAUACCGCCCAGACGGAAGAUAUAUUCCAAGAAUUUUGUUUUUGUCAGCUGAUGGCGAGGUUAUGGAAGAAUUUUACAAUGAAAACGGAAGGCACAAAAACACCAAGUACUAUUAUGGAAAAACCUCUGAGAGUAAGUUAAUAAAGUAAUGCAGGGCCGCGAUUAUCAGUUUUU